CCACCUCUUCCUUCUGAUCCAGUGCCAUGAAUCAGCCUGGACAACAGCUGUUACCCACAUAGAGGUCACUUUACCUCUCUUUCCAUUACUUCAGUCCAGAGGAUGCUGGGAAUGUGUCGUGGGCGCAGGAAGUUCCUGGCGGCCUCUCUCGCUUUGCUCUUCAUCCCAGCACUCACCUGGCUUUACCUGUCAGUCGGAAGCUUUCAAGAAAAAAAUCCCUGUUCCUGCCCCACAGUGAAGCCCCUCCCCCUGUCUCCAUUGGAAGUUCAAUCAUCAACGCCAGUGGGCGCAGCUGGCGAGCGGCAGGCCUUAGAGCUACGAGUCCGGGCAGUGGAGGAAGAGAACCGGGCACUGCGCCGUGAGCUGAGCCGGCCACCCAGGAGCCCAUCCGCACGCCUUCCAAACGCUGGUCACCGUGGCAACCAAAGCCGAACCCAUUCAGAGGAAGGCACCGGCGACAAUGAGGGCCAGAAAGCUGCUGCAGUGGGAAACAGCUCAGACUGUGUGCAGUUACCAGUGGUGGAUAAGUGUGAGACCAUCCACGUGGCGAUCGUUUGUGCAGGUUACAACGCCAGUCGAGACGUGGUGACACUGGUUAAAUCUGUCCUUUUCCACAGCUUGUGUUUGUGUGUGUGUGUCCACAGGCGGAACCCACUACAUUUCCAUUUCAUCACAGACUCCAUUGCUCAGCAGAUCCUGUCCUCUCUGUUCCAUACCUGGAUGGUCCCUGCCGUCAAGGUUGACUUCUAUGAUGCAGAUGAGUUGAAGUCUGAGGUGUCAUGGAUUCCCAACAAACAUUACUCUGGAAUCUACGGCCUGAUGAAGCUGGUACUCACUAAGACGCUACCGUCCGACCUGCAGAGAGUCAUCGUCCUGGACACAGACAUCACAUUUGCCACUGACAUCGCUGAACUCUGGGCUGUCUUCCACAAGUUCAAAGGUCAGCAGGUUCUUGGUCUGGUGGAGAACCAGAGUGACUGGUACCUGGGGAACCUGUGGAAGAACCAUCGACCCUGGCCGGCUCUGAGCAGAGGCUUCAACACUGGUGAGGUUUGACAGGAGGACGUCAUAUAUGCAUAUAUGCAUUCUUAUAUUAAAGAAAAUCAGUAUGCAUGCUGAUUAUUGAGAUUGCUGCAAAAUAUUAUAACCUAUCCGUAUAGCUACGGGCCCUCAGAGUGUGGAUGAACCUAUCAUCUACAGUUCCAUGGAGAGAAAUAGAGCAAAA